AUGGUUGAUCGCGGCAUGAGCGCGGCCAACCGCGUGGCUGCUAUAGAGCCCUUCGUCACCGUCUCUCUCGACCAGCUACGGCGCGAAUACUACCACCCCACGGAGUCCCCCUCUCCCCAAGUCCUAGUCACCACCGUCGGCAUCAUCGCCGAGGGUCUCAACCUGGCCCGGGCGAAUUACCUCGUCCUGCUUGGCCCCCUUGGCACCGUCGCUAAGCAACUACAGAUUGGCUGUCGUAUCAACCGCGAGGGUGGGUUUUUCACCCCGCACCUGACCCUGCUUCUCGACCCGGACAAUAAGGCCGAGAUGGUCGUUCGCCGGCGGCAGCUGAACCGCGCCACCAUCGAGACGGAGGUGUGGGGCAAUACGAAGUAA